GUGAAUUACAGACAUUCACACAUCUGUGCACUAAAGAACUCAUCAGUGAUAAUGAGCUGCACUUAUACAUACCCUACUGGAUAUCAGAUCAUGAAAGUGUUCUGGACCAAUGGGUCUGUAAAGGGUGUAGAGCCUCCAGAUCUGUCUGAGGAUACUGAAUACAGUCAGAGGCUUCAGUAUCUGGGAGACAAACAGAAGAACUGCACCAUCAGACUGAGUCAUGUGACACAGAAGGAUGAACACAUGUACUAUUUCAGAUUCAUAACUGAUAAACCUGAUAAGAAAUGGAUUGGUGUUCCAGGAGUAAGUCUUACUGUCACAGAUCUUCAGGUGGAGGCUCCUGAGAGAGUGACAGAGGGAGAUUCAGUGCGUCUGACAUGUAAAAGCAGCUGCGCUCUGACUGACAGAGCAACAUUCAUCUGGUACAGAAACUCACAGCCAUUAACUGAGAGAAGAGACAGAAACAAUCAACUCCUGCUGCAGUCAGUCAGAAGAGAGGAUGCAGGCAGAUACAGCUGUGCUCUACAGGAACACACUUACAUCUCUCCUGCUGCUCAUCUCAAUGUCAUGUAUCCUCCAAAGGAAACUUUUGUUGUGGUGAGUCCAUCUAGUGAAAUAGUGGAGGGAGAUUCAGUGGCUCUGAGCUGCAGCAGUGAUUCAAACCCACCUGCAGAAAUCAGCUGGUUUAAAGGAGGAACGUUUGUAGGAUCUGGAAGAAUCUACAGCAUCUCAAACAUCAGCUCUGAUCACAGUGGAGAAUACAAGUGCAAGUCCAGAAAUAAACAUGGAGAGAAAAACUCUGAUACUGUGACUUUAAACAUCAUGUAUCCUCCAAAGAGCGUCUCAGUGUCCAUAAAUGGAUCUGCUGAAAUAGUGGAGGGAGAUUCAGUGACUCUGAUCUGCAGCAGUGAUUCAAACCCACCUGCAGAAAUCAGCUGGUUUAAGGAGAAUCAAAGCUCAGCUGUUGGAUCUGGACAGAGUUUCAGUGCACUACAGCUGACAGAGGGAGAUUCAUGCAUAUACAAGUGCAAGUCCAGAAAUCAACAUGGAGAGAAAGACUCUGAUACUGUGACUUUAAAUGUCAUGUAUCCUCCAAAAAGCGUCUCAGUGUCCAUAAAUGGAUCUGAUGAAAUAGUGGAGGGAGAUUCAGUGACUCUGAGCUGCAGCAGUGAUUCAAACCCACCUGCAGAAAUCAGCUGGUUUAAGGAGACUCAAAGCUCAGCUUUUGGAUCUGGACAGAGUUUCAGUGCACUACAGAGUGGACGCUUCUACUGUGAGGCUCACAAUCAACACGGAUCUCAGAGAUCAGACGCUGUUGCUGUCACUGUACAUGGAAAGAAGUUUUGGUAUGCAGUUGCUGGAGUCACUGGAGGAUUGGGAGGUUUAAUCUUCAUAUUCAUCAUUGUGUUGUUCAUGAGGAAAAAACUGAGACCUAAUCACAUCGCACAAAAGCAGGAUGACCUUUAUGUCAGCGUAUCAGCUCACGAUAGGCCUCUGUCUGAAUCUGAUGCCGUGAAUCAAAACAAUGCCUUGUAUUCCUUAAUUACUCUCAGCAAUGUCAGUCACAAUCAGACUGAAGGAAAAGCAUCUGAUUCUGAAGAUACAGAAGAGAUCCAGUAUGCAACUGUCCUGCAUCAUCGAAACAAAGAGAUGAACCAACCAGAAGAGAAGGAAAGCCAGUACGACAACAUUAGAAAGUACCGGACUGAUGCUGCAAGGAGGUGA